UCCGACGUCUGGGCUUCGAGGAGCCUCCUGAGAACCGCCGGGCCGGGCCGAUGUUGAGGCGUCUCUGCUGCCCGGGAGGUUGAAGGGCGGCCGCGGAGCGAAGGGGGAAGGGCCGAAGGGGACCUUCGGUGGCCAAUGCUGGGCCGCCGUUCGCCAUGGAGAAGAUCUUGGAAGGGUUGGUGAGCUCGUCCUACCCGCUGCCGGUGAAACGUAUGAUCGUCAAGCGCGUGGUGGAGUCGGCCGAGUCGCCGCUGAGCGGGCCGCAGUGUCAGGCCAUGUUCGCCCUCAGCACCCGCCUCAUCCUGCAGGGCCCCGACCAGUUCCAGCGCCAGGUCGGGCGGCAGGUCCUCGAGGCCUACGCUCUUCACCACCGCGACGACUUCGAGGCCUUCUUCACGCGCGACCUGGUCCUGGCUUUGCUUCACGGGGCAGGAGGAGGAGGAAGCCCCGCGUCCCCUCUCUUCCUCGCCCCUGCUCCGUUGCCCGCGCCCGGCCUUGGCUCCCACUUGGACCCCGGCGUCUUAGACUACAUCCAGACCGGCCUGCGGCUUCUCAUUAGCUGCCCGGCGGUGCUGGAGCUGUUCGCUCUGCUGCAAAGGGAAGCGUUGCGCCUGGUGAGCGAGAGGCCUCCGGCUCCUCUUUGCGCUCGCCUUUGCCAGCUGCUGAGCGACUUUCCUCAGUGUCUGCCCCGCGGUAGGAAACUCGCCCUCGUCUUUUGCCAGCAGUUGGUACGCAGCAUUGCUCACUUCCAGACCCAAAGCACCCGGGAAGCUGCUCUACGCCUCUAUGUCUCCCAAGUCACCCAAGUCAGCAAUCUGCUGCGCGGCAUCUGGAAAGCGGAACCCGAUACGCUGCUGCCUUCCUUGCAGGAGCUCUUUGCCAUCAUCUCUUCCACCGAUACUUCUGAACCUUCGGUUGCUUUGGCAAGUCUUGUGCAGCAUAUCCCUUUACAAAUGAUUACAGUCCUGAUUGGAAGCCUUACCACAGAUCCAAAUGUAAAAGAUGCAAGUAUGACACAAGCUUUAUGCAGGAUGAUUGACUGGUUGUCCUGGCCAUUAGCUCAGCAUGUAGAGACCUGGGUGAUAGCAUUACUGAAAGGACUGGCUGCAGUUCAGAAGUUUACUAUCCUUAUUGAUGUUACUUUGCUUAAGAUUGAAUUGGUAUUUAAUCGCCUUUGGUUUCCACUGGUGAGACCUGGUGCUUUGGCUGUCCUUUCUCAUAUGCUGCUCAGUUUUCAACAUUCUCCAGAGGCUUUUCACUUGAUUGUUCCACAUGUGGUUAAAUUGGUAACAUCGGUCAAAAGUAAUGGUCUGCCUACCAGCACAACAUUCUUACAACAGCUGAGUGAAUUAAUGCACUGUAUGAUGUACCAUUACUCUGGAUUCCCAGAACUUUAUGAACCCAUUCUAGAAGCAAUAAAGGAGCUUUUCAAACCCAAUGAAGAAAAAAUUAAGAUAAUACUGAAUCAGAGUGCCUGGACAUCUCAGUCCAGCUCCUUGCAAUCUUGUCUGUCUAGAUUUUCUGGAAAAUCUGAAACUGGAAAGACUGGUCUGAUUAAUUUAGGAAAUACUUGUUACAUGAACAGUGUGAUUCAAGCAUUAUUCAUGGCUACAGAUUUCAGAAGACAUGUGUUAUCAUUAAAUCUAAAUGGGUGCAAUUCACUAAUGAGAAAAUUGCAACAUCUUUUUGCAUUUCUUGCUCAUACACAGAGGGAUGCCUAUGCUCCUCGCCUUUUCUUUGAGGCAUCUAGGCCUCCGUGGUUUACUUCUAGAUCUCAGCAGGACUGCUCUGAAUAUCUUAGGUUCCUUCUAGACAGGCUACAUGAAGAAGAGAGAACCUUGAAAGUUCUGUCUUCAUCAAAGCUUCCUGAGGAUAUGAAUGAAGAGUCCCUGGUCCAAGAAGUAGCCAGCAAAUCUCAACUAUUUAUCAAGCAGUCAUGUUCAAUGAAAGAGGAGAGAACCUUGAUAGAAAAAAUGUUUCGAGGGAAACUACAAACAAGCAUAUGCUGUUUAAAUUGCAAAAGUACUUCUCAUAAAGAAGAAGCCUUCACAGAUCUUUCACUUGCUUUUUGUCCGCCAGUAUUCUUUAAAAACGUUGGUCCACCAACUGUAGAACAUUCGUCUGAUGAGAAAGAUGACUCCAUGGAACAAGUCAGUGCUAGGGCAUUGAGCCCUGUGACAGAGAUGCCAUCCGGUGAUUCCUGUGAAAUGGUCACAAACGAUGGGACUUUGAAAGAUGCCCCCACUGACUCAAAUUCUGAAAAUGUUACUGAUCCUUUUAUCUGUAAGACUGAAGUUGGGGAUAACUUGAAGAAACACGUCAAUGAAGUUACUCCUUCAGUUACUGAUUUGUUAAAUUAUUUUUUGGCACCUGAAGUUCUUAAAGGGGAUAACAAAUACUUUUGUGAAAAAUGUGCUUCCUUACAAAAUGCAGAAAAAAUUAUGCAAAUUGUGGAGGAGCCAGAAUACCUCAUCCUUACUCUUUUGAGAUUUUCAUAUGAUCCCAAGUGUCAUAUUAGGCGUAAAAUCCUAGACAAUGUGUCUCUUCCGCUUGUUCUAGAAUUACCUGUUAAUAGAACUCUCUCAUCCUUAAGUACAUUGUCAGGCAUUUGGUCUAUGAGUGUUGAGUUUUCUGACACGGGGGAGAAUUUGGCUAAAAAACUAAAGCCUUCUGGUGCUGAAGAAGUUGGCUGCCCUCAACUAAUCCCUUAUGUAUUAAGUUCUGUAGUUGUUCACUCUGGCAUAUCUUCUGAAAGUGGACAUUAUUAUUCUUAUGCAAGAAAUGUUGCUAAUUCAAGGUCUUCGCUAGGAUCUUUUGAUCAGUCCCAAACUAUGGCUUUAGCUUAUCCUCAGAGCAAUUUAACUGCAGCUACUGAAAAGGAUCUGGAUGAAAAUGAAGUCUCAAAGGAAUGGUUUCUAUUUAAUGACAGCAGAGUGACAUUCACCUCAUUUCAAUCAGUCCAAAAAAUUACAAGCAGAUUCCCCAAAGAUACUGCUUAUGUGCUGUUUUACAAAAAACAAAACAGUGCUGGGACUAUCAGUGCAAAAUCAGCCAGUGGACUCUGGAUCAACGGAGAUCCCCCUCUGCAGAAAGAACUUAUGGAUGCAAUUACAAAAGACAAUAAGCUGUAUUUGCAGGAACAAGAGCUUAGUGCUCGAACCCAGGCCCUAGAAGCAUCUGCAGCUUCGUGUUCUUUUCGGCCAAAUGGAUUUGAUGACAAUGAUCCCCCAGGGAGUUGUGGUCCAACCGGUGGAGGUGGUGGGGGAGGAUUUAGUACUGUUGGCAGGCUUGUAUUUUAAGGAAGAUUGCAUUGGUUUCUAAACAGCUUUGAUUUCUGCAAAGGACUGUUAUGUUACUGAACUGUAUUAAAUAAUGUCCCAAGCUUUUUUCAAGAUGUGAUUUUUGUUCUAAAAAGAACUUUUGUUUUUUGUUUUUAUUUGAAAUAAAUAAGUGCAUCAUGGAGAAAUCUACCUCUUAAAUUUACUUGUUUUUUGGAAAGAUAUUCUUGGUCAAAAAAGGAAUUAAACUUUUUAAAAAACAAUAUAGAUCAGAGAAUAAAAGCACUUAAACAUUUAAUUCCAAGUCUAGUGAGAAAAUAAUAUUUGAAAAAAGACAUGUUUGUGUGAUACCAACAAUGCUUGCGUUUUGUUUUUAUUUUAUUUCUUAAAUACGUAAAUUGUCAAAGGCAUUAGAAAUGAUAACAGUUAAAUGGAAAUCUAAUCUUUUAAACAAUGUAACCCAGAAUAACAAAAGCUCUAAUUCAAUAUAUUUGUAUUACAAGUACAAGUAUGUAAAGAUCAAUUUCAUGUGCUUGUUAAGUCACUUUUCUAAAUGGAUGUGGUCUUGUAGAGAGAGUUUUUAGGGAGAAAAAGAAAAAAACAUUUGUAGUAUUUCUUAUUGCUUUGAGGAUUUUAAAAUUAUUUCAGGGAAUACAUCUUGCUUUGAAGGAAGAGUUUCUAUGUGCCUUGCCAUACUGUAACAAAGUACAAAAAUUUUUGAAGCUGAAGAAAAGUGUAGAACAUGAGUUGUUAAUUUCUUGUUUAAUAUGAAGUUCAUGAAUUUUUGAAGUGUUAGCUUCUCUAAAAGUAAAGUCUGAUGGUUCCAAAAAUAUAGUAGUUGCUCAUGUGUUUUUAGUAAUAAUACUGGUUAAAACUUUUUGUAUUGAAAAUUAACAUUGUGUUUAAAAAUUGGAAGUGAAACUUUACAUAUAUUGCUGAGAUUGAACCUGUUAGGGUCAUAUUUGCUAAGUUUGUGGUAGUUGGCAAGAAACUUUUAAUUUUUUCCCCUCACAUGCAAUCUUAUCUAGAUUUUUUUCCUCAUAUAUCCCGUUGCAUAUGAAGAUUAUUAAGUGAAUAUGCAGGUUUUGGAGAUUGAGAAAAAAUACUCAAAAAUACUCAUGAAACAUAAGGUGAGGACACCUUUUGAAGCUAGAACACAUUUACACCAUUGGAAUACGCUAUAGCGCACAAGAUUUGAAUACUGGGACCUUAGUGGUUUCAGGAGUUGAAAGUCAAAGUAGUUUUGUGAGCCCAGUACAGGAUUAAUGUACAUAUAGACUAAAAUAUGUGAUUUUUAACAAUGUUAUUUUGAAGGGCACAAGGAGUUGUAACACUGACUGGAUUUGUAUUACACCAAAGAUGCAUUAAAUUAAAAACAAAUUACACUCAUUAUCCAAGAAUUCAGCCAUUGCCUAUUUGCCUGUGCUAGUAUUGUUCAAAUAUUUUUAGUAAAUGAUGGAAGAUAAAAAUAACUCACAGUUGUUUAUAAAAUUUUACAUUAGUAAAAAGAAAAAAAAUCAGUAUGUGGUCGUGACAUUUAGGAACUUUGGAUUAUCCCUUAUAGGUUUGUUUGUGAUUCUGUCCACAUUGCCUCUAAUUGUGUUGUGUUAAAAUAAUACAGCAAAAAAAGAUCCAUAAUGACCUGCAACAUAUGAGCCAAAGAACUAGGUCACAGGUGUCAAAUUUGCUACGUCAUGUUGCUGUCAUGUGAUGUUUCACAAUUUUUUCCCCACUCACGGAGCUGGGGUUGGUGUGGCCUGCACAUGACGCAUGCGGGCUGCCAAUUUGACAUUCCUGAAUUAGGUAGUCCAGUAUAUUGUUUUUCACAUUGCUAACUAAAUGGUCUGCUUGCCAACAGACUUGAGGGCAACUGCCAUUUUCUGCUAUUAUUUCCCAGAGUCAAAAUAUCCACUGGCAAUUGAAUUAAUGUUCUAGGACAGUGUCUUAUGUAAAUAGCAUUUUGUUCCUGAAAAUAGAAAAAAAAAGUUUUAAAAAGGUGGCAUCUUGGAAUAGUUCCCUGUAGUCACAAUUCUACACAUAAAAUCACUAUCUUCUUAAACAUGAGGUGUGGAAGGGUAAGGCUCAGCCCAAGAAUGUCAUAGAACAAUUCAGCCAAAGUUCAAUUCUUUAUUUACUUACACACAAUAGACAAAAUCUUGCCAGGCUAAACUUCUACUACUCUCACCCUAAAGAUAUAUCCUGGAAAUUCUAAUGUUACUCUCUUCUUUGUCUCCUAUCGUGAUCUGGGCUGGGUUGCCUCUUAUCUUGCCCUUUUUCAAGAACAGGGGUGUCGAACUCUCAGCCUAUGGGCCAGAUGCAUCGCACUGGCCAUGCCCGCCCCUGGUUUAGAGAAGGGAGGGAAGUUGCAAUACAUCACGUGAUGACAAUGUGUUGUCAGGAGUUUGAUAUCCCUGUUCUAGAAUAUGCUUCCUGCUCCUAGGGAAACUGCUGCUUCACUAUAAUCCAUCACACCACUUCUCUUUGUGGGCACCAUUUCUCAAAGGGAGCAACAGAAAACUAACUGCAUGUACCAGGAAAAGAUCAGCAGAAUUCACCAUAGCUUCUAUAUACUGCUGAGCCAUUAAAAUGUAUAAUUUUCCUUUAGGUUGCUAUUUUCAAUUAUCCUCUUUUGCUAUGACCUUGAAUGAUUGCAGAAAUACAUUUUUGAGACAGUUAUCUUUGAAAUUACUCUUAUUUUAAAUUUAUUGAAUAAACACAUUUUGAAAGAUAUUUCAUUUGCACUGCACACUACAGUAUAUUUUCCAUAAUUAUAAUUGGCCUGAUUAAAUUGAUAAAUAUUCACUGCCACAUAGUACAACCUAGACAAAGCCUAUAAAGUUAGCAUAAUUUGUGAACAUUGAUAACAGAUUUCAGCACACAGCUGUAAUUUAUGUAUAUUAAUAUUCACAUUUUAUUAAUUAUAUCAAAACUCAUACAGUUAAUGAAAGACACAAGUUUCUUUUAUAAUCAUUUGGUCAUUCCAUACCAUCUCAAUUUUCUGAAAAUAUUGAUUAUUCUGCUUGCUGUAUGUUGUGUUUCAUUUCUCUUGGAAAUCAAUAAUUCUCCCAAAUCUGGGUGCGUGAAUGUAGACUGUAGUCCAUUCAGACAUAAUUUGAAAUAAGCUCAUGGAAAGUACUCCAGGUAUGUAUAUGGAUAAAUCUGUGAAACUUAUGCUAAAGCAGUACAGGACUGAACUUUUGCCAAGCUAUCACUCAUUGAGUCCAAACAACAUGCUAAGCUCAAACCAAAUAAACUAUAUUAUAUUUGAAAAUGAA